AUGGAUUACCUUGAAUCACAAAUCCAGCAAAUCAAACCACCUAAUGGAGAAAAGAUUAUUACGUACAAGACCAAUUCACAUGGAGGAUUUUUAACUUAUGACGGAAUUGAUGUUAACGGGAAAAGAAUUGCGAAUGAAAUAACUGCAGAGACGGAUAAGCUCGAUAAUACAGGACAUAAAGUCAGAAAGUUUUCUAUACUUGGAUAUUCUUUGGGAGGGUUGAUAUCUCGAUAUGCGAUCGGGGUUUUGUAUUACGAAGGCUAUUUCGAAAAAGCAGAGCCAGUUAACUUUAUUACAUUUUGCUCACCACAUGUGGGAGCUAUUAAACCAUACAAUUCAUUUCUGUCAAAAAUGUUCAAUGGGUUUGCUUCUUACUUUCUUGCUCAUAGUGGGGCCCAGUUGUUUUUAAAAGAUAAGCAACAAGUUAAAUCGGAUUAUGCGGGAAAUAAUAAUCACAAUCUACCACUUUUAGUGUGGAUGGCAGAACCAGCCUCAACUUUUUAUGUUGCUUUAUCAAAAUUCAAACAUAGAUCAGUGUAUGCAAAUGCUAUUGGAGAUAAGAGGGCAGGGUUCUUUACCGCAGCAAUAGCUACUAUGGAUCCCUUCCAAUCCAUGGUUGACCGAAAUGCAAGUGCCUACGAUUUUGACUAUGUGGAAGGAUACGAACCAACAGUUAUAGAUUUUACUAAGCCUAUUUCGUUUUCCAAGCUCGAGGAAACAAAGAGUGCACAUGCUCGAUCCACAGUGUCAAAGAUAGUACCAUGGUUAAAACUCUUGGUGAGCGUUAUUUUGUUCACCCCACUUUGGUUCUUCUGGUUUUUCUAUAAAACUAUUUCAGAGCGAAUAAAGUUGAAUAAGAGAGUUUCGCUGUUUUUCAAUGAAACAUCUUUACUACAUUUAUACAGUUAUCCCGAUCAUAUUUUUGACGAUAGUACCUCCGAAGACGAGACUCCCCACCCUGCAAAUGAGAAAUAUAAGCUUGAACAGAAUAGCAAACAUGAACCUCAUGAGUCAUUAUUCUAUUCGUUAGAAAAAGAAUUGGGUGAACAGGUACGAGACCAGACUGAUAUUUUUGUCGAUUCCAUAUUUGAUGCAGCUAAUAGCCAAGGCUAUGAAGAGUAUGAGUAUAGUAUUUCAAGUCGAACGAGAAAACGCAAGUCGAGAGAUACACCAUCACAAAAGUCUGAUGCCGAUUUUUCAUCAACGAUUAAAGAAAUGGAAAACUAUGAAGUUCCCUCUGAUCCAUCAUUAUCCCAGUCUAAGCUUGUUGCUUUGAACGGCAAAAAUAUUGAUAGCUUCAGAUUAAAUUUAUCUAGCAAUGAGUUAUAUAUAAUUCAUAAGUUAAACAUGCUUGAGUGGGAAAAAGUUCCCGUUAUAAUCAGAAACACUAAGUUGACUCACUCGGCAGCUAUAGUGAGACAAGAUGAGCCUGCUUUUGAAGAAGGAAAAACUAUUGUCAGGCAUUUUGUAGAACAAAAUUUCAAGUCAGCAUAG